GACUCCGCAGACAGACAGUCACGUGGCAACGCUUACAGUCAUGUGAUGGUGUCUGGUGCGGAAAUGUUUCCUUCACGUCACUUUUCGCCGUUCGUCGUUCUGCUGUUUCUCUUCGACUGCCGUUCUACGUUCUGCAGGCGAGCAUCUCCCACUUAUUCAAAGUCAUCGGUUAUCUCUCCAGUAUUUCCUCUGUUUGCAUGCCGCCAAGAUUCGUCUAAAACUAGAGGCGCUCCGCGCUCUGCACGCCUCUCGUUUCUUCCAGUUUUUUUUUUUCGUCCGUUCCUUACUUCUGAUCUCGUCCUAGUUUCGGUUUCGUCUGGUUAGAGGCUUUUUUGCAGAAGCUACAUUUACCACACUCAGGAUUUUGAGCAGUAUGAGGGCUUUUAGAGGCGGUCGUGGCCGUCCCAACGGUGCUGACCGCGGGGGGAUUCGAAAGCGGGGUCCUACGCGAACCGAUCGAGACGGGGAUUUGGACAUGGAUGGAGGCGGUCGAGGAAGAGGUGCGAAAAGAGGUCGGGGCGAUUCCGGACGCUCUACACCCAUGGGGGGACAGCCGUACGCUCGUGACAGGGCCUUGAAUGCCAUUCAGAAAGCUAUCGCCAACAAUUCUUCCCAGGCAAACAUCAGACGUGGCAAACCAACCGGAGGCAAUUUGGAGCAGGUUACUGUUCGCGGCUGGAAGCAGAGCAAGGCUGCGUCCAACCCAGAUGGUGGUGUUGAAAGCCUUCUCGCAUUCCUGGAGAAAAAACUUACUCAUUCCGAUUCGAAAGGGCCGCGCGCAAAGAUAACAAAGUCACGUGUUGAAGGCGAUGCUCUCGUAGUAUCUGUUCGCCCGGAACUGGUGAAUAGACUACUUCAAAUUAAUGGAUUCAGCUUUGCUGGCGCUCCUUUGACUACUGAAAUGUAUAGCGGAUCUGAAGCCAGCAUGGCUGAUCUAGACACUUCCGCGAACGGCGCCAGCACGUCCGCUUCUGAUACAAAAGCCAAACUGACUGCCAUCCUGGGCAAGCGUUAUUAUCAACCGACGAAGGUUCUCGAUCUGUCGAAAUUGGUUAAUGAUCCCGAUCUCAUGGCUAUGGGAAUCUUCAACAGCACGUCCACCGAAUCGAAAUUUUUCCCCGCGUUGAUGAAAGUUUGGGAGAUGAAUUUCGAUAGUCCCGCACAAAGGCGAGAGGCAGUGGAAAGCGUCAGCCUGGCGAACAACCAGCUUUCAAACAUCUCUGUCGUCACCACUCUCGCGCAGACGUUCCCGGACAUAAAGAACCUAGAUCUGUCGAACAACAACUUCAAGGAUGCGCAAGCCCUUCUGGCCUGGCGUUGGAAAUUCCGUAAUCUUGAAUUUCUCGACCUCAGUGCUACCCCUUUCAGUGCUGAUCCCACCUUCAAAGAUACCAUGCUUAAGUGGUAUCCAAAGCUCAGAGUGUUAAACAACGUGGAAGUCAGGACCGCGGACGAAGUGGCAGCUCAAAUGAAAACGCCAAUUCCCGUUCAGCCACCGUACUUUCGCGAUGACUCUCAGAUUGCCGAGAAUUUUGUUCGGGCCUUUUUCUCCGGAUAUGAUAAUGACCGUAACGAUCUUCUAAAUGGCAUCUACGAUGUUCAUUCUACUUUCUCUUUCAAUGUGAAUGUGGCAGCACCCAGAUCCCAGCAAACGGAGACUGCGAGCUGGGAGCAAUAUAUCAAGAAAAGCAGGAAUCUUGUCAAGAUCAGCCACCUAACUGCGCGGAUGGCUCGUGUGUAUGUUGGUGCAGAGAAGAUACGGGAGUUAUGGAACUCUCUCCCCAAGACUAGGCAUCCGGACAUGCUCUCCCACCCCGAGGAAUGGCUUGUGGAAUGCCAUCCUAUUCCGGGACUCCCUGAUCCAAAUGGACAAAGUGAAACAGGCGUCGGUGGCCUUCUGAUUAUGGUACACGGAAAAUUCGAGGAGCUUAGUGCUUCGGGCAAGGUCGACACACGCAGUUUUGACAGGACAUUUAUUCUUGGUCCAGGUGGUGGCGUUGGCGGUCUCAGGGUCAUCAAUGAUGCGCUUUGUCUACGCUCCUACGGUGGACAUACUGCGUGGAAUAUGGCCGAUCUAUCGGCCGGUCCUCAACCAGUUCAACCACCACAAUCGCAACCACAGACACAGGCACCGGUCGGCUACGGGAUGCCUGCGCCCGGGAAACUCGAAGCGCGGGUACAGCAGGAGCAGCUAAUUUUGCAAAUGAGCGCUAAAACUAAGAUGACUCUCCCGUACUCUGAAAUGGCCCUCUCAGGAAAUGGCUGGAAUUUCGAUGCCGCUCUUAAGAAUUUUGAGGAGCUCAAGGCUCAAGGAAAACUGCCGGCAGAUGCUUUUCUUCCCGGUACUAUUCUGCAGUAGUCAGGGCUUCCAAGGCCAGACUCCAGAUCUCUGGUGAUCAGAGUCUGGUGAGUUAUUUAUUAUUAUUUUUUCACCAUAUUACCUUUUUUAUGCUUCUCAAUAUCUCGGGGUGUUCUUGCUAAGGGUAAAAAAGAGCGAAUCCGUUACUUGCAUUAUUUUAGGCGAAUGGCUCACGACAAAUUUACGUCUGUAUGUAGCAAUGGGGCUGGAAUUUUUUGGCAUGCGUGCCUUUCUAUGUUUUCUAACUAGCACCUGUACCAUUUAUUCUUCGUGCUGUCGUGAUGUUUAGAGAUGGACCAGGGAAACCAUAUUGGGAAGAAGAAACAGAUACCUUUUUUUCCGCCACACGCAGUUGCAUGCAUGGAAAUACCUCAAUAGAUAUAGCAAUUUAGAAAGAUUUCUCUUAGAUUAGCAGAAGAC